GAAUUUCUCAACUUCAGCCCGCGAACCCACGUCGUCGAAUCAGUCACCACACCAUAAGCCGUCGAGAUGGUUCGAUACGCCGCGACCGAGAUCCAGCCCGCGAAGUCGGCCCGCGCCCGCGGUGCCUACCUCCGAGUUUCCUUCAAGAACACCCGAGAGACCGCUCAGGCCAUCAACGGCUGGAAGCUGCAGCGAGCUGUCCAGUUCCUCGAGAACGUCAAGGAGCACAAGGAGGCUGUCCCCAUGCGACGAUAUGCCGGUAGCACUGGCCGCACCGCCCAAGGCAAGCAGUUCGGUGUCUCCAAGGCUCGAUGGCCCAUCAAGUCCGCCGAGUUCCUGCUCGGUCUCCUGAAGAACGCUGAGGCCAACGCCGACGCUAAGGGCCUCGACACUGGCGCUCUCGUCGUCAAGCACAUCCAGGUCAACCAGGCUCCCAAGCAGCGAAGAAGGACAUACCGUGCUCACGGUCGUAUCAACCCCUACAUGUCCAACCCCUGCCACAUCGAGCUCAUCCUGACCGAGGGUGAGGAGGUCGUCCAGAAGUCCGACGAGGUUGUUGGCCGUGAGCGCCUCACCGCCCGCCAGCGCGCCGUCCGUGCCCGCAAGGCCAUCACCGCCGCAUAAAUUCGGCACCACGGAUGAUGUGCAAUUAAACGGCUUUGUUUUUUUAAACGAAUGGAGCGACGGGGAGAAAAAGCGGAACAGUUCGCCUUUCUGGUAUUCUUCUUUGCGAAAGCACUUGGGAGGCAAAUAGGGAACAAUCAACUUUUCUUGCGCGUGGCUUCUUCAGGUGUAUGGGCAGGCUACGGAAAGAAAGGGGAAGGAGGGUUCUUGCAUGGCAUUUAAAUGGGAAUACAAAAAUUAUUUGCAUGCAAACAAAUCUUUUUUUUAUAUCUUUCCGCAUGAGAGGCCUUUCUCUCUCUUGACGGAAUCAAUGACAUGAAAUAAACAAAAAAAAUUACAAAAAAA